AUGUUCACAUUUGUUCUUUCUUUAUUUCUCCAUUCCUCUCUUAUUCCGCCUUCUAUCUUUCUUCCUGUCAUUGUUUCUUUAUUUUAUUUUCGAUCAUUUUCUCUAUAUCUUUUUACAAAUGUAUCUGUUACCCUUUCUUUUCCAUAUUUGACCCUUCUCUCUUAUCUUACCAUUAUACUUUCUUAUUUUCUUUCAUUCUUUUUUUUAAUUAUUCUUUUUCCAUAUUUAUAUUUUCACAGUUUUAUCUGUUCUCCAUUCAUUUUUACAUUUGCACCUUUCUCUCUAUUUUUCCAUAUUUUUUCUUUCUUACUUUUUUGCUUGUUUCUUUCUUUCUUGUAUUACAUGUCGUCUGCGUCACAUUAUUCUGCUUUCUUUUCUUUCUUUCUUUCUUUCUUUCUUAUCAUUUAUUUAUUCUUUUUCCCUAUUUGCUUCUUCAAAGAAGUUUCUGUUCCUCUAUCAUUUUUUUUAUUUCCUCCUUUCUAUUUGCUUCUGCCAUAUUUCGUUCUUUCUUUUUUUUUGUCUGUUUGUCUCUUUCUUUCUUGGAUUUGA